AUGCGUUUAGGGAUCGGGCUGUCUGCAAAGUUCGUUGAAAAAGGGGGAGCAGAUCUAAUCAUCAUCUAUAACUCUGGCCUGGUGCAUCUCGGCCUUACUACCGGCGGUAGUAUAGGCGCUGGUGAGGGCGAGAUCACAUUGGAUGACUGCGUAAAUAUAGUGCAGACCAUCAGAGAUGCGUGCGUGAAGAUCGAGCCCGAUAUCAUUGUGCUUUGCCACGGUGGACCUGUGUCAGGUGUAGAGGACACUCGUUACGUCAUUGAUCGAGUCGAUGGCAUCCACGGUUUCUUCGGUGCAAGUAGUAUGGAAAGAUUGCCCGCAGAAACCGCCAUCGAGCAGAAUGCGAGAAAGUUCAAGAAUAUUGAAAUUGGUUCUCGUUAG